UGGGUAACAGUGCAAGACGACGCGCCCCACGAGGUAAACACACAUUGCUCGGAAGGCGGCCAAUGAAGCUACAUGCCGAGGCUUUGAAUUGAAAAAAGUUUGCUCUGAAAAAUCUUCCUAAUUUCCCACUCUCAUCAAGUAACGUUUGCAUUGUUCUCAUCAAAAUGACUGAGGAAGUGAACCCGAAGGCCUAUCCGCUAGCGGACCAGGCGCUGACCUCGAAAAUCAUGACCCUGAUCCAGCAAGCGGUCAACUACAAGCAGCUGCGCCGCGGUGCCAACGAGGCCACCAAAACGCUGAACCGAGGCCUGUCGGAAUUCAUCGUGAUGGCAGCCGAUGCGGAACCGCUGGAAAUCAUCCUCCAUCUGCCGCUAUUGUGCGAGGACAAAAACGUCCCUUAUGUCUUUGUCCGCUCGAAGCAAGCCCUGGGACGGGCCUGCGGGGUAUCCCGGCCAAUUGUGGCCUGUUCCGUCACGAUCAACGAGGGCUCCCAGCUCAAAUCGCAAAUCGUCACCAUCCAACAGGAGAUUGAACGCUUACUGGUUUAGGUUUCUGCUCAUCAUAGACUAAAAAAGUGUACAAAUUUAUCAUUAGAGCAUUUUCAACGGAACGCGAAAAUGGUGGUAAAUAGGAUACCUACCGCUAAGAGAUUUUUAUUUUCAAAAAUCUAAUAAACGAAUCUUGAAACCAAAA